AAAGAAAGCCUUCACCAUCCAGGAAAUACAUUUCACAGAAUCACUGUCACAACUACGAAGAUGGCACCCAACAGGAAUAACAGCUUUCCAACCGACUUCCAUUUAAACCCGAAGGAGUUCAUAAGUUGAAGUGUUUAUUCACGAGAUUUCGGAAGGACUGAGACUAGGUUUUGGGAAGCUCCGUGGUAGGAUUUAUUCUUGUGAUGGAUUAUAUAUUGUACAAUAUAGGCUAAAAUGUAAUUUGUGUAAUCUUAAUCAACGCGUGGCAUUGGUAUUGUAAAUACUUAAAUGCAUUAGUGUACAUCACCAUAACAGAAGCCGUAUGGUCAUAACCUUGUUAAAGAUAAUUACUACUGUACGUUGUUUGUAGGUUCAAAGCCCAUUAAGGUUGAUCAAUGAAUUAUCACCAUUGUGCCACUGAUCAAGACACAGCCUCAGGUUACUCCCGCAGGAUUACAUCUGUAAUGUGUGAUCUGGAUUAAAGCACUAGUUAAAUGUCAAACUAGUAAUCAGGAAUGCCAAGAGGGAUGCGCUCAUCAUCGGAUGUGGAGUACAGUCCGGUGGGAGAGGGCUUUGGAAUGCGGGAGUUCUGGCUCUAUGUGUGGCUGCGCAGAGUCUCUGUGAUAUCCGCGCACAUCAUUUCAGUCGGCCUGGUUAUUCUCACAUCCAUAUUGUCCAGACCAGGAACAAGUCUUUUCUCUUGGCAUCCGGUCUGCAUGUCACUCGGGUUUGGCCUGUGCAUGACAGAGGGCAUCCUUCUCUUCUCUGCCGAGGGCAGUCCAUUCUGCUUUAAAUCCCGUAAAUGGAAGGUCCGUCUGCACUGGUUCUUCCAGGCCUUGCUGCUUGUGUGUGGAGCUACAGGCUUCGGCUUUAUGGUGGCCAGUAAGAACAUAUCGGAGCAUUCUCACUUUAUCUCCUGGCACAGUCUGCUGGGGGUCGGUACAAUGGCUGCUACUGUGCUACAGGCGAUCUGUGGUGUCUUUCUUAUUUUUCCCAAACUUAUCAGCACUCAGUCGUUUCCACGAUUGAAACUGUACCAUGCCACCUGUGGCCUGGUGGCCUACCUGUUAGCCACCAUCACUAUCAUGUCAGCAAUGUUUACAGACUGGUUUCAGGCCACGGUGAAAGGAACAAUGUGGUACAUCUUCCUACUGCUGCCACUGUUUCCUGCCUUGGUGGUGAUGAACCAAAUUACUAGUGCCUUCCUGCCCAAAAAGAAGAUUACUAGCUAAAAACGAAAGCCUCAAUAUAGAGGUUUAUUUAGGGCUCUGGACUUGAACAGAUGUUUGACCACUGAAUGGUAAAGCACUACUUUGAGGAAGUGAUGAAAUUUUAUUUCUUUAAGGUGCAUUAAGUAAUUUUUCCCUUUAAAGUUGAAGUGUGUCACUUCUUUAAUGUUUUAUAUAGAUAUAUAGAUAUAGAUAUAUAUGCAUAGUGUAUUAUAUUUUUAUUAUAAAUAAUAUUUAAUAUAAAUAAUAUAAUAUUUACUCCACCAAUAAUAUGUAUUAUAUAUUAUUGAUAUAUGCGAUAAAAUGUCAUAAAUAUUUAAAUCAAAUUGGCAGCUCUAAUUAUUGGUAAUUGUUGAUUCUGUUGGUGAUGCUAGUCGCACCGAUAUUACACACUUCAGCUUUAAAAAAAAAAAAAGGUUUUAUCCCUAAUGUUUUUUAUAUCUAAUAGACUUCAGUCAUGUCAGUGCCCCAGAAAAAUAUAUUUUAUGCUUUAUAAGGCGGGUCGCCCCUUCAUGGUGGCUGCCAUGUUGAGAUCACAAAGCCAUUGCAUCUUGACCAAGUUAAUUAACAAAAACUUUAUACAUCUAUGCCAAUAGGUGUCAGUAUAAAGUCCAAGACUACUGAUGUAUUAGUUGUUUAAGAGGACGAAUACGAUCCAGUAAAACAUAAAUUAUUUAGUGCACCUUUAAGUAUCAUGACUUCUGAAAUUGGAAGUACUUGUACAUUGUAAAUAAAUAUUAAAUAUAUUUGUGUAUUUUCGAAUGUUGGAUUUGAUACAUACAAGCAACUAGCUGUGCUUUUUACGUGACAUAUUUUACAAAAUCCAUUGAGAUCUGUUGUUCUUCAUGGUGUUAUUUUACUAUGCACUGGUAACUAUGGGCUUUUGAGGCACUCUGGGAAAUACUUUACGGAGUAAUACAAAAUGGCACUUGCGUAGCAAAAAUAGUCCUAUUGUGUUAGUUACCUUACAAAUCUUGUAUACAAAAAUGGAAUUCAUUUACACCGAUAAGCCAAAACAUUAUGCCUAAUAUGCUGUUGGUCCUCCGCGUACCGCCAAAACAGCACCGACCUGCCGAGGCAUGGACUCAACAAGACUCCUGAAGGUGUCCUGUGGGAUCUGGCACCAAAACAGACAUUCCUGUAUGUCACGAGGUGGAGCCGUCGUGGAUCGGACCUAUUGAUCCAGCACAUCCCACAGAUGCUCAAUCGGAUUGAGAUCUGGUGAAUUUGGAGGCCAGGGCAACACCUUGAACUCUUCAUCAUGCUCCUCAAACCAUUCCCGAACAAUGUGUGCAGUGUGGCAGGGCACAUUAUCCUGCUGAAAGAGGCCACUGCCAUCAGGGAAUACCAUUGCCAUGAAGGGGUGUACCUGGUCUGCAACGAUGUUUAGGUAGGUGGCACGUGUCAAAUUGACGUUCACGUGAAUGGCCGGACCCAGGGUUUCCUAGCAGAAUAUUGCCCAGAGCAUCACACUUCCUCCACCUCAACGGCUUGUCGACUUCCCACAGUGCAUCCUGCUGCCAUCAUUUCCCCAGGUAAACGGUGCACACGUACACGGACGUCCAUGGCCGUCCACGUGAUGUAUAAGAAAACGGGACUCAUCAGACCAGGCGACCUUCUUCCACUGCUCCAAGGUCCAGUUCCAGGCGCUUUUGAUGGAAGACAGGGGUCACCAUGGGCACUCUGACCGGUCUGCGUCUACGCAGCCCCACACUCAGCAGGGUGUGAUGCACUGUGCGUUGUGACACAUUCCUCCCAUAACCAUCAUUCAAAUUUUCUGUGACUUGUGCUACAGUAGACCUUCUGUCGGUUCGGACCAGACGGGAUAGCCUCCGUUGCCCUCGCACAUUAAUGAGCCUUGGGUGCCCAACACCCUGUUGCCGGUUUGUGGUUUGUCCUGUCUCGGACCACUGUCUGUAGGUACUCACCGCUGCUGACCAGGAGCACUCCACAAGUCUUGCUGUUCCUGAGAUGCUCUGACCAAGUCUUCUGGCCAUUACAAUUUAACCUGGUCAAAGUCGCUCAGGUCUUUACUCCUGCCCAUUUCUUCUUCAUUCAACACGUUGACUACGAGAACUGAUUGUUUGCUUACCAUCUAAUCUACCCAGACCAUGAUAUGUUGCCUUGUUAGGAGAUGAUCAACAUUAUUCGCAUCACCUGUGAGUGGUCAUAAUGUUUUGGCUCAUCAGUGUAGUUCUAAAUUCAGUAAAUUUGUCUUAUUGCUUUUCUACUUCUCUUUACACCACAUCCAUGUGAGUUUUGCAGUGUAUUUUAGGGUGCCGUAUUUCAGUUUGUUCAUGUCACAGUAGUAUUUGAUUGUGUGCUUUUCUCUGCUUAACCGUUUGUAGCAUAAACGCUUGAAUAUCAUGACCUAAAAUGUGAAAGUUUUUUUUUCUGAACUUGGAAUGCAAUUUUUUUUUUUUACUGAUACUGAUAAUAAUUUUUACUAUAGCCAAUGAUGGAAAUGGUUAUUAUGAAUCUACUGUAUAUUGUUUUAAUUGCUGUUUAAAAAAAAGUGUAUUCACAAUAAAGCUCCAGUCUAGAAUUUUACAUGCUUCUAGUAAAAUCAGACAUCAGAACAUUUUCAUAUACGAUUAAAUAGAUGGAUAAAAGUGUAGUACUUUUUAAACCUGUCAUAAAAAAAAAAAAGAGUUGAAUAGGAAGCAAUGACCCUUGAUAUUAUCUUCUUCCAAUGGCAAAAUGAGAAAAAAACAACAACUGGUGAAUAGCAAUAAGGUGAUCAAUAUAUCUUGUAUCCCUUGUCUGGACAGAAAAAUGUUAUAUUAAUGUGUGUAUCUGAUGCUUAUUUCAACGCUUUAUCUAUAAUGCCAGUACAAGGAGAUUUCUUUUUAUUGUAUUUCAGUAUAUUGACCCAGUAUGAAUACAAGUUAUUUGUUUUUUGAUUUUUAUUUAUGUCUCUGUUACAUUUUUACAUGCAGUUAUUGACCUAGAUUGAAUCACCAUUGAUUGCAUUUACUGUAUUGAAUUGACAUGGCAAAUGUCUUGUUAACAGGUAAUAUGAGUGUACUGCUUAUGCAUAAAUCAGAAAUUAUUAAGAGUAUACUUAUAUGUAAUCUAAAAGGGAAAAAACCUGAAGCAGUUUACAUUACUGUUUGGAGAACAGUCCUUAUGAUGCAAAUAUUUAUGUAAUUGCACAAAUUGUUCAGGUUAUGAAAUUUUACAGCUUCGCAUCCAUGAAUGUAGAAAAUGACUCAGGGUUGUGGUUUGUGAAUUCAAUGAAACUAUAUUUUUGUGGAUAUUUUAUUCUAUACUGUAUUAAAAGUUUUUAAGGACUGGUUUGAUCUACCUUAUGAACAGUAAACUAUUGGUUUUGUUUGAA